UGUCAGGAUGAGAGGGUUUUUCCUCUCAGGGGAGAAGCUUAGAAUUAUUCCCCGGGGCAGAAGGAGCGGGGUGUCGCCCCGUUUGGUUGCUAGAGUGGGACGCUUGAUUUUCUCCCACCUAAGAAGUGAGGGGGGAGAAGUGGCAUCUGGCCGCUUCCUGGGGGCGUUUUUUUUUUAAAGUUUCAUUAAUUUGUGACCCGGCUUUCAAUUUCUCCUUCGCAUGCACUUUGGUAUUAUUUUGGAACCUUGUUUUGAUAAUAAAAUUGCAUUUGAAAAGGAUGGCGUCUAUUUACACACCAGCGCAAAGCGUCAUCCUGACCAAGAUUCCCUCAUACCAGGGGUUAUCCGCAUAAUUGAGAAGGGUUCAGAUACUUUGCUACAAUGGGCACCUAUAGAAGAGUCUUCAGAUGCUGCUCAGAUCAUGUACACCAAGAAGGACCUGGUGGGCUGCCACACCGAAGAAGAAAUCUUUGAUCCAGGGUAUGAACCAGAUUGGGCUGUAAUCAGCACAGUGGGGACCCGGUCUCAGGUCCCGGAGGAAACAGCCGCUUCUGGGCCAAAAUCUCCAGUCCCACGUGGGCAGUGGGCCUUCUCUCUCAGCUUGUCUGAGCUGAAAUCCAUUCGCAAGAGUAAGCCAGGUCUGGGCUGGUCGUACCUCAUCUUCAUCACCAAAGAUGGCAUCUCCAUUCAGGCCCUGCACUUCCACCGCGGGGGCACCAAGGCCUUGCUCAAAGCUCUUUGCAAAUACGUGAUCCUAGCCACCUCGCCAAAAGAUUCCCGUCUCUAUCUGGUAUACACACACGACUCGUACGCUCUCACCCACUCUUUCGAUGAGCUUCAGCUCUUUGACGACAGCUCUUCCAACCUUGUGUCGCGGUUCCUGCAGGAUCCUUACGCCGCCACUUUCGGUGGCUUCUCCAAAGUCACCAACUUCUUCCGGGGGGCUCUGCACCAGGAGGAUGGGGUUGGCCAGCAUUCCCACGGUGACCCAGGUGCUGCCAAUGUCGAGGAUGAGACCGGCUUCGAAGUGAUCACCUGUCAGGCACAGCUGGGAGAGCGGCCCCCUGUCCAGCGGGAGACCCCUGUGACGGAGCAGGAGUGGGAGCAGCACCUGGAUCCUGAUGGGCGUGUGGAGGACCCUGUUGGCUUGCGCAAGAGGAUCUUUGCCGGGGGUCUCAGCUUGUCCUUACGCAAGGAAGCAUGGAAGUACCUAUUGAGCUAUUAUUCCUGGGACAACACCAGUGAAGAGAACAAGGCCCAAGUGAGGCGGAAAACAGACGAGUACUUCCGCAUGAAGCUACAGUGGAAGUCAGUCAGCGAGGAACAGGAACAACGGAAUUCCUUGCUGCGUGGCUACCGCAGCCUGAUUGAAAGGGAUGUGAGCCGCACGGACAGAAACAACAAAUUCUAUGAGGGCAGUGAGAACCCUGGCCUGGUGCUUCUGAAUGAUGUCCUGAUGACCUACUGCAUGUACAACUUUGACCUUGGUUACGUCCAAGGCAUGAGUGACCUCCUGUCCCCCAUACUCUACGUCACCCAGAACGAAGUGGACGCCUUCUGGUGCUUCUGUGGCUUCAUGGAGCUGGUGCAUCGCAAUUUUGAAGAAAGCCAGGAGUCCAUGAAGCGACAGUUAUCCCAGCUCACCUUGCUCCUCAGAGUGCUGGAUCCCCCACUCUGCGACUUCCUAGACUCAAAGGAAUCCGGCACUUUAUGCUUCUGUUUCCGAUGGAUCUUGAUCUGGUUCAAGAGAGAGUUUGCCUUCUCUGAAAUUCUUCAGUUGUGGGAGGUGCUGUGGACAGGGUUCCCUUGCCCCAACUUCCACCUGCUGGUGGCCUGUGGCAUUCUGGAUGCAGAGAGACAGGCUCUUAUGAACUCUGGCUUUGGCUUCAAUGAGAUCCUCAAGCAUAUCAAUGAGCUCACCAUGAAGAUGAGUGUGGAAGACAUCUUAUGCCGGGCUGAGGCAAUCUACAGGCAAUUGGCAGCGACUCCAGACCUACCACGCAACGUCCAGGAGCUGCUGGGACUCUCCGAGGGCAAAUCCCCAACUCCCAGCACGGACACGGCGAGCUCCCCUCAGCCGCUGUCACCCAGCCAGGUCCAGGAGAUGGAGCUGACGGACAGCGUCUCCCCGAGCCAGCCGGACAGCAGCAUCGAGAUCCUGCCGACCGAGGAUGCCUCCACCUCUCAGAGCCUCACUCCUUGAGAGCUUGUCAUCGCUGCCAUCACCUUCUUAACACAAGCACUUUAACCAGAGCAGGGUGAGGGGCUGGGGACGAGGACGAGCGCAGGGGGUGGGGGGCUUUGGGGUGUUGUGUUCUUCCUGGAGUCCAUGUCGCAGUAGGAGCAUCAACUCCCUCUAACGGCAAACGGGGCUUGAGAACAGCUGCCGCGUUGCUCUUGAACACCCCCAGUGCCUGGUGUGCAUUGUGUGCCUUUCCCAUAAUGCACCAGGGCAUGGCCAUCUCUCUCAGACACCCCAGGGCUUGUUAUAGAGUUCACCUACUCUACCUGGGUUAUGCAGAAGACGGAAGGGAGCAAGUUAAUGGCUGCUGUGUGCAUUUUUCUUCCACUUUGGCUUCUCAGCCGCCUCAAUUCUUCCUUCUGCUCUCACUGGCUGGGUUUUCUGUUUGUUUGUUUGGCGAUGCUCCCGUUUCUCUUUCUGUCUCCUCUGCGCCUCCCUCUCUGUGCAACUCCCAGGCUCUUCUAUGGAACGUCGAUCUUGAUGGCGACGUCUUUUCAGGUUGCUAAUAAAACCUCUGUCUUGGGUAACCCAAGUUCUUUCUGCCGACGAGAGAUGACGGGUAGCAGAUCAGAGCAGUUUUCUAGAAGGAGCGUGGUCGGCGAUGGGAGGGCAGAUUCCGUCUGAGAGAAAUGUGGCAUCAGAGGUUACCGCAGUCCAGGCUGGAAGGCAGAGCUGCUAAUUUCCUUGGUCCUUUGCCAGGGAAUUCCCGUCGACAUAGCUCCUCAAGCUUCCCUCCCCUUGCCGCGUCCCUUUUGGGGUGGGAGGGUGGUGGUGGUGGUGGGUGUUUAUGAACCGACAGCAAUAGAUAAAAGGGGGAAAGGUGUCCGGCUUUUGUCCUUCCGUGCCUCUCCAGCCUAGCAGGCCUGUGGACUUGUUGCCUCGUGUGCGUCUGUGCACCAACGCCCCACUUCUCCCCACUGGACUGCAUCCUUCUCAGCCCCUAACCUGGCUUCUUCGUUUCCUUUAUAACGCACAUUAAAAAUGUAGUGUCAUU